CCUCUCCACUCUGACAGCUGCAGGAAACAGCCCUGCCCUGGGAACUGGCUUCAAAUUCAAGAUCAGCUGACUCAACAAGGCACCCCUGCAGGCAAAGCUGGCAGAGUAGAGGCUUCAACUCCUUUCCAUGGCUGCCCACCAAAACCUGGCCUCGAAGAUCUUCUGUUUAUGCUGCAGAGACUGUGAGGAGCCCCACGCCGUAGAUGACUCCAAGGUCCCCAGUCAAACCCAAGAGCAACAGCCAUCGACCCGCAGUCUGCAGAAGGAUGAACUUGACAGACAAAAUACCAAGCGUGCUAAUGCAGCCUCCUGCUUGCCUCUGGGACAACCCCUGAUUCAUCCAGAAAAGAGAGCCUCCUCUACCAGCAGCAGUGAGUUUGAGGAUCUGAAUACAUAUGUUUCCCAAAGAGGUUUUUACAAGAGGAACCUAAACCGCUACUCCCAGGAUCACUGGCCAUUCCAGCCAUGCCUCAUUGGGAGACCCUGAGCAUUCUAGUCGGCAGCCCCCACGAGGGUCUCCGAGGGUGCACGGUGGCUGGAGUGUCUCCAGGAGGAAGAGGGCGGUGAACGGGGGCCAUGAAGACUGAUUCGGAAACUCCCCAGGAGGAGGAGAAGACGUCUGAGCCAACCCUGUGCCACG